CUCUCUCUCUCAACCACGCGGUCGCCAGAUAACAACACAGCCUUUUAUAGUGUAAAUUUGUAAAUCUUUUGGUGAUCAGAUCAUGUCUUUUCGUGGCCGAGGAGGGGGCCGUGGUGGUGGCGGUCGAGGUGGCCGUGGCGGUUUUCGAGGCGGAGGUCGUGGCGGUGGAAGGGGAGGUUUUCAGCAGAGAGAUUUUGGGCCUCCCGAUUAUGUUACAGAGCUUGGACAUGUGCUCCACACUUGUGAAGGAGAUUUAGUGUGUAAAUGUACAAAUGAGAAGAUUCCAUACUUUAAUGCUCCAGUGUACUUAGAAAACAAGUCACAGAUCGGCAAAGUAGAUGACAUAUUUGGUCCAAUGACAGAAUUUUAUUUCUCAGUGAAGGUUAACACAGAUAUGAAAGCUUCCUCCUUUAAAAAAGAUCAAAAGUUCUUCAUUGAUCCUAUGAAACUGUUACCUCUUGCCAGAUUUCUCCCUAAACCUCCUGGCCAGAAAGGACCCCCAGGGGGUGUUGGAGGUAGAGGAAGAGGAGGCAGAGGAGGUCGAGGUGGUGGACGUGGUAGAGGAGGUGGUGGUGGCUUUCGGGGAGGUGGCAGAGGUGGUGGAAGAGGUGGAGGAAGAGGUGGAGGAGGACGAGGUUUCAGGGGUGGUGGUGGAGGUUUUAGAGGUCGUGGAAGAUGAAGAGGAAACAAAGAAUUGUGAAGUACUUUGGCACAGUUUAAUUUAUCAAAUGUAUAUAUCUGUUUGGGUAUCAUUAUCCAGAAUCCAUAUUACAGUUUGAGACCCCUGUGCAGAUACAUCUUAACUUGAACACUGAAAAUAACUAUCGUUCAUCUUCGUUGUUGUUGUGUCUUCCGUAUGCUGUCAUUACACUUGGUUAUGUCAUAGGAUUAUUUUUAUCUAAUUUUUUAAAUUAACAGUUAGGUGGCUGCUACAUCAGUACAAGAAGUUGUGAUCAGCUUUAUACUGAACAACAAAUACAAAUCAUUUUUUGCAUUGCAAUAUAUCUGCAUCUCACGUUUUUUAGGGGGUCAUUAAAAAAAACCUUCUGUGUGGUGCCCAUGCAAAAAAUGAGAACUGAUGGGGGUAUGGUAGUGGAGGUUCAUGAAAGCUCACUACUCCCCCUUACCUCAUAAAAAAAAACGUUCCUUGACAAAAAAUGUGAUUUGAGGUUGUCUCAGAUCAAAGGUUUCCCUCGUAGUCAUCUGAUUGGAACAAGAAUGGUGAUUAAGUUAGAUUUAAGGAUUUGGACAAAUAGCUGCAUUGUACACUGAUCAAAGACUUUACAUCGCUUUUUGUAAGUGACCUUUGGACCCCCAACUCAGCCAUUAAA